AUGCAUCUGAAUUCAGAACAAGUUGCCUUAAUUGGACAAGUAUUUGAAUCAUAUGUUGUGGAAUUCCACAAAAUUGAUAUCAUCCAUGUUCUGGAAAAGCCAGAUCAAGGUGCUCAUUAUCCGAUUACCGUGAAUGCACUUUCGCUGUUCGAAAUCAGCAUGGAGAUUGGGGAAUAUUUAAGUGCGUUUCCGAAUGAGUUGUUUCCAGUAUUUGACAAUGCGCUACACAGAGCCGCCAUGACCGUUUUGCAGUCUCAUGCGGAGCCACAUGGAUUGGUCAUGAAACAAAAUCUUCACGUGAGAAUUUCAGGACUGCCACUUUGUCCUGAAUUGACAAGGGAUCGUAUCCCAAAGACCAGGGACGUGGGCCAUUUUCUUUCGAUUGUUGGCACAGUCAUCCGCACUGGAAUGGUGAAAGUGUUGGAAUUUGAGCACGAGUACAUGUGUAACAAGUGCAGACACAUCUUCACUGCAACUGCAGACUUUGAACAGUAUUAUACAUUCUGCCGCCCAAAAUCCUGCCCUAAUCCAGAAGGUUGUAACUCAAUGAAAUUUGCAUGUCUUUCUGGCUCCUCAUCUUCUCCUUCAAGAUGUAAGGACUACCAAGAAAUCAAAAUUCAGGAACAGGUCCAGAGGCUGUCUGUGGGAAGUAUACCUCGAUCGUUGCUGGUUGUACUGGAAGAUGAUUUGGUGGACACCUGCAAAUCAGGUGAUGAUAUUACUAUUUAUGGUGUGGUUAUGCAGAGGUGGAGGCCUCUGUCUCAAGACUCCCGCUGUGACCUAGAACUUGUCCUGAAAGCCAAUAAUCUUGAAGUGAACAAUGAACAGCCGAUGGGAGUUGUUAUUGAUGAUGAUGUCCAGAAAGAAUUUGAAGACUUCUGGGAGAAUUACAAAGAUGAUCCCCUAGCAGGAAGAAAUGAGAUUCUGGCCAGCCUUUGUCCACAGGUAUUUGGAAUGUAUGUGGUUAAGCUGGCGGUUGCCAUGGCGUUAGCAGGUGGAGUGCAAAGAAUUGAUGCAGCUGGCACCAAAGUUCGAGGUGAACCUCAUCUCUUACUGGUCGGGGAUCCCGGAACUGGGAAAUCUCAAUUUCUCAAAUACGCAGCAAAAAUUGUACCCCGGUCGGUCCUGACAGCUGGAAUUGGGUCCACCAGUGCAGGUCUGACUGUGACAGCAGUAAAGGACUCUGGUGAGUGGAAUUUGGAAGCAGGGGCACUGGUUCUGGCUGACGGAGGCCUUUGCUGUAUUGAUGAGUUCAACAGUAUUAAAGAGCAUGAUAAAAGUAGCAUCCACGAGGCAAUGGAACAACAGACUAUCAGCGUGGCAAAGGCAGGUCUCGUGUGCAAGCUGAACACAAGAGCCACUGUAUUGGCAGCUACUAAUCCAAAAGGCCAGUAUGAUCCCAAUGAAUCCAUCACUGUCAAUACAGCUCUGGCUAGCCCACUCCUGAGCAGAUUUGACCUUGUUCUGGUGCUCCUGGACAGCAAAAAUGAAGAAUGGGACAAAGUCAUUGCUUCUUUUAUUCUGGAAAAUAAAGCCUGCCCAACUGUCUCUCACAAAUUGUGGAGCAUGGAGAAGAUGAAAACCUACUUCUGUCUGAUCAAAACUUUGCAACCUAAGAUUUCCAAAGAAGCAAAUAAAAUCCUUUUGAAAUAUUACCAAGUGCAACGUCAAAGUGGGUACAGGAACGCGGCAAGAACCACAAUACGUAUGCUUGAGAGCUUAGUUCGUUUAGCGGAAGCCCACGCCAGAUUGAUGUUUAGAGAUGUAGUAACUAUUGAAGACGCCGUCACAGUGGUCUCUGUAAUGGAGUCAUCAAUGCAGGGAGGUGCUCUUCUUGGGGGUGUGAAUGCGUUGCACACGUCCUUUCCAGAAGAUACCAGAGAACAGUAUAAAAUGCAGUGUGAACUGCUUCUGGAAAGACUGGGCCUAACUGAUCUUCUCCAGCAAGAACUGCAGAGGCUUGACAGUAUUAAUAGAAAAGGACCCUGGCCAUCUAAUGGAAGUUCGAACUCAGGAAGCCCACGUGAUCCAUUUUCUGAUGCUGCACAUUAUUCAAGCACUGAGGAACUGAAUUCCAUCGAUCAUUCUGACAGUGGUCUGACCUGGUUUGCUGACUUUCAAAGUAAAAAUUGUGAAAGAGAGCCAGAAAGAGAAGGAACCGUACCGGCUGAAUCCGGCGCACUUAAUCUAGUGUCAGAGACUUCUUAUCAGCAUCCUUUUUCCACCAGCCUGCAGCCAAUAAAAAGCACAGAGGAUGAAGCAGCAGCCAGCAGUUCUAACAAGGUUCCACCGUGGAAAGGUUCCUGUCGUCCAAGUAACAUGAAGUCUGCUGGUUUAGCCAAUAAACAUUCGCAAGCUAAGCAAGCCGUUGGCACAGAUUACUCCAGAAGUCAGACGGACGUUGAGGAGCAUGCGUCUUCAAACACACCUAAUAACGCUGUAACUGUUCGGGUGUCAAAACAGCUGCAUGCUUCCCGGAUUUCACAGAGCAGAAUGUUGUUCAAAGAUGAUAAGACUUCUAGCAACAGUCAUUUAUCUGAAUCGAGUGAUUACAGUGCAUUUUCAAACAUGGGUGACUCUAGUUCUGAUGGUGAUAGUUCAGGACAAUGUACUUCACGUGGACUCCAGCGUAAGACGGUGAAACCAGUUGGAAGAAGGCAUACCUUGCAGGAUGAUGAUACCAUUCCACAAGAGUCUGAAACAAGUGGGAAUUCGAACAGUCUGCUGAUAAAACUGAAAACAUUUGCAUUUAAACCAAAGCAAAAACUGAGCCAUUCAGCUGCCAGUAAUUCCUCCUCCAAACCUUUGAUCUUGUUCUCUGACCCUGCCGAAGUCAGGGAGUUGUCAUAUGAUUUUGAGCAGACAUCCCAAGCCAGUGAUAACACAGAAAAUCUCCGAACAUUAAAUAGUUGUAAUUCUAAAAGUCGACUUUUACAUAAAAACACAAGUAAAGUUGUUGCCAAGUGCAGUGGAUCAGAGCCUUCUCUCGAAUUGCAGAAGGAUCUUGGUAAUGCACACAAGGGAAAGGUGCAGAAGGUGACACCUGAUAAAUCAAAGCAUUCAUUUCCCACAGAGUUAAAUGCUGGAGAACAGUCCAGCCGGAGUUCAGCUGUGACAGGCCAAGUAAAGGUGGCCUCCAGUACAUUAGCAAAGCUUGCUUGUUUCUCUUUCAGUCCAUCUUCUGACACGAAAACUGAGAAGACCACAAGUGGAAAUGAAGUAUCUGUUGCAAAGCAGAGCAGUGUGGUGCAAAAUGAUGCUGCCAAGUCUGCGGUGCUGUCCAGAAAAAGGAAGACCUUUGGAUUUCCAUCUGCUGACACUACUGCCACUAUAAUGGGUAGGUACCUCUUUUCUUCUGAAGAGACAGAAGAUGAUUGUGUUCUGGAUUUUGACUGGGAUGAAGAAGGAAGAAAGAAACCCAAAAUUUAAUUGAUGAACUUGGGUCUGUAUAUAUUUUUAAAAGACAUUUUUGUUUGUACUUGUGAUCAUCUAAUGCGUCACUGUGAACAAAUAGCUGUCUCACAACCCAUGUGAAAGUAUAAUUUUGUAAGCUGCUGGCUUUAAAAAGAGUAGAUUCAAUCAUAAAGAAAUUGGUCCACUGUCAGGAGAGUCUAAUAAGGCAAGCACUCUGUGUCCUUGACUAAUGAGUAUGCUGGAUUAGUCUUAGGAAUGCACAAUGAAAAUUGUGUUAAGACAUCUGCACGGCUUCCAGA